AAGAAGAAGUGAAGCGCGACGCCAAUACUAAAACGUCACUAUUGUGUGCCCGGCCAUCGUAUGUCGUCGAUUUAAGCUGAAUUAACUGCUUGUGAAUAAUUAGCCGAAUAUUCACGUACGGUUGGCUAAUUCUGCUCGAGAGUAACAUAAAAGUAAAGUAAACACUAGUUGGAACGUCUCUAAGUUAUACAUUGCCAUGGCGUCUCCAGGGGGACAGGGAGGAGGGGCAGUGUCUACAAGAGGAGCAGGAGCUAGGAGGAUGAAAUGGGCUCUGGAGUUGAGCUUGGGCAAUGCUAGGGGUCGUGGAGACAGACAGAGUAACCAGGGAGAUGUGAUGUACCCCAUUGGAUACUCAGACAAACCAGUCCCAGACACCAGCAUUCAGGAAACAGACAAAAACCUGGUGGAAAAGCGUUGUUGGGACGUGGCCCUGGGCCCUCUGAAGCAGAUUCCCAUGAACCUGUUCAUCAUGUACAUGUCUGGGAACACCAUCUCAAUCUUCCCUAUCAUGAUGGUCUGUAUGAUGGCCUGGAGGCCCAUCCAGGCUCUCAUGUCCAUGUCUGCCACAUUCAAGCUGUUGGAGAACUCUAACCAGCAGUGGCUCCAGGGGCUGGUCUAUUCUGUAGGGAACCUGUUGGGCUCGGCAUUGGCUAUCUACAAGUGUCAGUCAAUGGGUCUUCUCCCAACUCACUCUUCUGAUUGGCUCGCUUUCAUAGAACCGCCUCAGAGGAUGGAGAUCAUGGGUGGAGGGAUGGUAUUGUGAAGAGGACAGAAGGCACACAUUCUGAAAUAUGCUGAACUGUUCUAUUAAUACAUUAAAUCUCUUUCAAGUCUUUUCAAUUCUCUGGCUUUUAGGUUUUUGUAGAAUCCUCAAGCUUUUUAUGUAUCUACAUUCUGUUUGUCAUUUGAGAUUUAAUUUGUCACAGGUUAUAAAAUGUUACAGAACACAUUCACCAUCUGAUAAUAGGAAAAUGUCAUGUUUGUAAAACCGUUCAUCAUUCUACUAAAUCCACGCGGUCAACUUAAGGUGUCACCAUAACAUAUUUUUCAUUUAUCUUUUUGUCAAAUAAAAGGGUUAAUUUGUUUGUUAAAUCUAAUGGUGACAGUCAUUAGAAAUGUGUGGAACUAAGUUUACUGGCAAAUGUGGAAAUGUCGUUCUGGAAUAAACACUUUUUAGGAA